CCCCCUGCACCUCUCCUCCCCCUGGCCCUCUCUGUCACUUGCCCAUCUCUCCGUCUGUCCCUCAGUCUCCAUCCUGAGUCCUUCUCUCGGGUCUCUGUCCAUCUCCGCUCCUCUCAGCCUCUUCCGGUCCACCUCUGACUCUCCGCAACCCUCUGUCUGCCUGCUUUCUGGGUGUCUUCGUCCUCCUCCCCGGGGACCCCCCACCCUGCUUCCUGCUGCAGCCGGAAGGAAGGGAAGGAGGGCCAGAGCCCAGCCCGCUGUGCUGGGAAAGGCCACCGGGUCACUUCUCCCUUUUGCGGUCCCCCUUCCCUGCCCCCACCCCCGGGCUCUCUGCAGCCUGCACCCUCGGUGGCCAGUGAGGGGGGCUGGGGACUCCGCAGCCCUUGCUCAUCUCUCCACUUGCCCCCAAACCGGCCAGUGAGUCAGCCAGCCGGGGAGGGAGGCUCGGUGGCGGGCGGGGCUUUCCCCACGGGUCCCCAGUGCCCUGCCUUUAGCCAAGCUCAGCAGUCCCCACGCCAGACCCUGAGAGAUCAGUCACCGCAGCCAUGACCCUGAGGCUCCUGCUGGCCCUGGCCCUCUGGGCAGGGGGCUGGUCCUGUGGGGGAAGGGCAGUGUCUUCAAGCCAGCCUCGGGUGCAGUGCCGUGCCUCUAGGUACCCGGUGGCCGUGGACUGCUCCUGGACCCUGCCACCAGCUCCCAACUGCACCACAGCCACAACCUUCAUUGCCACAUACAGGCUCGGUGUGGCCGCCCAGGGGCAGAGCCGGCCCUGCCUCCAGCCGACCCCCCAGGCCACCGGCUGCACCAUCCCCGACGUCCAGCUGUUCUCCCUGUCGCCCUACGUGCUCAACGUCACGGCCGUGCGCCCCGGGGGCGCCAGCAGCGGCUUCGCGCCCUUCGUGGCGGAGCACGUCAGUCUCUGCUCAGAUGUCACCUCAAGUGAGGCCUCUCAAGUAUGUUGUCAAACCGGACCCCCCGGAGGCCGUGCGCCUCAGCCCCCUCCCUGGGCGGCAGCUGCAGGUGCGCUGGGAGCCCCCUCGGUCCUGGCCCUUCCCCGAGGUCUUCUCUCUGAAGUACUGGAUCCGAUACAGGCGUCAGGGAGCCUCCCGCUUCCGCCAGGUGGGGCCCAUCGAAGCCACGAGCUUCACCCUCAGAGCUGUGCGGCCCCAGGCCAGGUACUGCAUCCAGGUGGCAGCCCAGGACGUCACGGACUACGGGGAGCCCAGUGACUGGAGUCUCCCUGCUGCCCCCGCCAUGACCCUGGGCAUGUAGCAGCCUCCUGGGACUCCACAGGGACUGGGUCCUUGGACACCCCCUCCCUGCCACUGUGCAGAGGGUGGAUGGCAUCCCCCUGGCCUGAGCACACCUCUGGCUCCACUGCAGCCCGAAGACAGUGACCUUGACCAGUAACUCUGCCUGCCUGAGCCUCCAUUUCCCACAGAGAAGCAGGGACAUGCCCUCCCCCCACACAGCGGGGGGCUCUGUGAACCGUGAACCUCACAUACUUUUAUUAGAUAAUUUAAUUAGAAGAACUGUUGACAGAAGCCCGUCUCCAUCCAUUCUGUGUUCAGAGAACAGAACCCCCGGGCGGGGGCAGAGCUGGGCGCCUAUGCAGAAUGAAUAGAAAGGCUGCCCGGAAGCCUGUGGGCAUGGCUGGCGCUGGCCCCCAUCAAGGGCCGCCUCUGUGUCAUGCCAGGGCGGAGGUGCAAAGGCAGGGGAGCGUGAGGUGAGAGGGGAGGGCUACACUCUCCCCUGCUCAGCCCCCUCCCUGGGUGCCCAACCCACUGCUGAGGGGAGGCCUGGAUCCAUCCCAGCACUUGACUACGGGACACACGGAUCUCAGCACCUCCAUUCACUCAGGCAAGACCCAGAGAGGACUCAGCCCCAGGCCCUGCCCUUGAGAUGAACCCGAGGUGAGAAAAGUGCAGAAGGGCACAGACUCAGCAAGUCACCCUGCCCAGGGGGCCAGCUCUGGACACAGACCAGGGCCUGGGGGUAUCAAGGGGUGGGGGGCAGACUUCUGCCUGGAAUGCUUCGGCAGAAUCCGUGAGGUUCAGGGCUUGCUCCACUCCCCUCCUAAGGCUGCCCAGAAGCAGGAGUCGCCAGGGAAGGGUAAACCUGAGGAGCCUACAGGGAGCCAGGCCCUGAAGGUCAGAGAAAGGGCGUGGGCUUUCCAAUGGACCUCCCAGGGGUCUCAACUCAAAAGCACUCGCAGACAGCCUCCCCCUCACACCCUGGCCACCAAGCGGUGGGGUCUUGGUCUCCUGGUGCCACGGGGAGGCCCAGUCCCGGGCAGGCAGAGUAGAGCUCCAGACACCUAGCCCUCAUCUCUGGGCCUGUGAACACGGUCCCUGCCACAACCAAGAAAGCCGUGGACUUGAAAGUGCUUUUGGUUCUUCUGGGUUGACACCAGCCGUACUCAAAAGUGUGCUCAAGAUGAGAGAUCUUUCAUUAAGUCGAUGACAUUAGGGGCUGGGCGGUGGCUCGGUGGCAGAGCGCUUGCCUGGCAGGUGCCAGGUCCUGGGUCCGAUUCUCGGUACCACAUAUAAAUAAAUAAAAUAAAGGUC